AUGAGCAACCGGGAGAGACUGGUUGCCUUCUACCAGCGGCACAACCCUGCGAAGCUGGGCGAGGUCGACGCACUCCUGGAAACGUUUGCGGGGAGGGAGGAAUCGAUGUUUGCCGCGUUGCGGCAAAAGUACGGGGAAGCGGCGUCCACCGUGCGGAGCGUGACCGCUGCACCGGGUGCCCCCACAACUGAGGCCAACGCCGUGCACGCCGAGAUGCGGGCGCUGCUAGCCGACAUGGAGUCGGUCGACCUGACCCGGCUCCUGAGCCAGUUGAAGGGGCAAGCCACCGUGGAGAGCGACCUCCUGGCCCACACGCUUACCUUCAUGCAGCACUUCGCCACCUGCGCCCAACGCUUUCAGGCGUUGAGUGGGGACGCGCUGCAGAGGCUGCAGGCGGCACCAGAGGCCCCGGGCCCUGCGGUCCCCGCGGCAGUGCUCGCUGCGGGGGAAGAUGUGGCAACUCAAACGGAGCCCACCUCCACUGGGCGACGUGAUGCGGCCGUGGCGGCGGGGGGGGCGGCGACGGUGUCUGUAGGAACGCAAGCAGACACGGAUACUGAGAAGGUCCGCGGUGUGCCUUCCGCUGCGGUGAGUCCCACAAGCGAGCCGGAGUUGACGCAUGCGGCGGCGACGCCACCGAUGUACCAUCCCGACGCUGGGGCGCUUCGUGCUGACAUGCAGGCGGCUGUGGCGCCCGCAGCGUUAAACGUGGAUGCGGAACUUGACCAGCAACGCAGGAUUGGCACGGUGCACAGACUGAAGCCGGUGAACCACAAGAAGGCUGAAGUGAUUGGGGCACUCUUGGCAGCAGGGGGGCUGGCGGACACCGACUCCGUCACCUUGGAGCCAGGCGUGUAUCACGAGAAUCUGCGUUUUGUGGACAGCGGCGCGGUGGAGGUGGUUGCCGUGUUUCCUGGCGCGCCAGUGAUCAUCAAACCACUGAGUAGUCUUGAGCCCAUCAUCCGGGCGGAGGGCGGCAGGACGCGGCUGCGCCUGAGUGGGGUGGUGUUGGUGGAGAGCGACCUCGCAGGAGGCGCGCCCGCGGAGUUGCCCGCUGCAAAGAACCCGCUAGUUGCCGUCACGGACGGCGCGCAUGUGGAAUUCCACGGCUGCCACCUCUACCAGGGAAGCUGCGCCGUGGAGGCCACAGGGCCGUCGACCGAGGUCUCUCUGCACCUCUCGUUAAUUUCUUCCUGCACGUUUGCUGGCCUCUUCCUGCGCCUUGGCGCAACGGCGGCUAUGACGCAGUGCAAAGUCAAACUUUGCGAGGCCGGGGUCAGGGUGGCGAGCCAGUCCUCCCUGCACGCAAGGGAGACGGUGGUGGAGGGGAACACCACAGACGGCAUUGUCGCGUACGAAGGCGCAGAAGGGAAGUUGGAGCGGUCCAGUGUGCUGCGCAACGGCGGCAACGGGCUAUUUCUUUCUUCCGGAGCCACUUUCAUGGUGGCCGAGUCGACCGUCGAGUUGAACGGCCUCUACGGCAUUCAGCGCCUGCAGAGCUCUGGGCUGCACCUGCGGGACAGCGUCGUGCGCGAUAAUGCGCUCCUUCCCAUCAACGACGCCGAGGAGACGGUGAACCCGUGA